AUGAAAGAUCAAACUAAUAAUGCGACAACCACGACAGAAGAAGAAGAAAAAAAGAUCGUUCGAGCUCUGGACAGGCAUUUGAUGCCAUUGUUUUGCGUGUUUUAUUUUACUGAUUAUCUCGAUAGAGCCAAUAUUGGCAAUGCAAGUCUGGCUGGUAUCGAAGAAGAUCUCAAUUUAUCAGCAACACAGUUGAGCACCGCAAUUUCAGCAUUUUACAUUACCUAUAUUUUAUUUGAAGUACCUUCCAACAUGAUCCUAAAACAGACCAGUGCAACGAUAUGGCUGUCGAGUAUCAUGCUAUGCUGGGGAGUUAUCACACUUGUAAUGGGAUUCGUUACCAGCUUUGGUGGUCUGCUGGCUGCUCGUUUACUGCUAGGCAUCGCCGAAAGUGGAUAUAUUCCCGGUAUUUUGUAUCAAAUGUCUCGCGUCUAUCAAGCCCGAGAACUAGGCAUACGGAUCUCAAUCUUGCUGUGCAUGUCUGCGAUGUCAGGCAUUUUAUCAGGACCCCUCGCAUACGGGACAUCCUUCUUAGAAGGUCGCAACAACAUGCAUGGAUGGCAGUACCUAUUCAUCUUAGAAGGCGUGCCCACCAUUGCCCUGAGUGUGGUAUCCUAUCUUUUGCUAUUCGAUAACGUUGACGAGGUCAAGUGGUUGACACCUGCCCAAAAGCAAUUACAGCAUUGUCGUAUGCAGGCUCAGCAGCUCAUGGACAGUACCGCAUCAUCAUCACUGCCCGAAGAAGAGAAUAGAGAUACGGAGAAGAAAGAGCAGGAUGGCCGUCUUCAUAGUGGUGGCACUAGUUGUGAUGGAAAGAAAACGACAACAGGUCAAUGGGUUGCUCUGUACAAGGCAUUCACGGAUUGGAAAAUGUGGUUGUUUGCCUUGGUGUAUAUGCUGCAUGUUGUCAAUUUCUCAAGCUUUUCAAUAUUCUCUCCGGUAAUUAUUGACGGAUUUGGCUUUUCGGUAUUAACCUCUCAACUGUUGGCCGCUCCUCCAAACAUUAUCGCGGUCACCGUGGUACUUUUCAGCGGCUACUUGAUUGAUCGAUACGAUAACUGUCGAGCAAAAUUGCUCGUUGCAAGCGCUCUUAUUCUCACGGUUGGGUAUACAAUGAUGCUCGUAUUACAACAACGAUGGGCACUUUAUGGGUCAUUGUUCGUUAUACCGGCAGGACUGGGAUUACAAGGCCCUGCUGUCGUUGGCUGGUCAGCUGUCAACUUUCCAGACUUAUCUGUGCGCGCUGUUGCAGUUGCGUUAGUCGUCAUGAUUGGUAAUUCAGGUGGCGUGAUUGCUUCAUAUCUGUAUCCUUCCACGAACGCCCCUCAUUAUUAUUUUGGGAACGGGUUCAAUUUGAUAUGCGCCAUCCUAACGGGCCUUGUCUCUGGUUUAACGGGAUACUUGCUUUCUCGAGAAAAUAAGCGAAGAGAGGAACUCUGGCAAGCCAUGAUGUCUAAAGAGAAACAACAACAACAACUACAGGCUUUUGGCAGCGAAAGUUGUAUCAUUGAAAAGCUAUCGUCCCCACGAUGGGAAGAAAUGAAGUAUCGGCUAUAUUAUUGAAUUGAAGUACAUUGAAAUUGUAGUAUAUAUAAAAAUAGUUAUCAUCAUCAUCGUCAUGUAGUUGCUGUGUUGAGGGAGUGAGUUGUAUUUUGCUGCUGGAGAGUCAUAUAUAAUAUUAGAGGAGAAGGAGGAUAGGUAGCGAUGGGCUUGUGUAUGUAGUACAAAUAAUACAGAAGAGAAGAAAGGAAUGCAAAACUGGGCGUUUUCAAGUAGAGUUGUAAGAGAGGAACAAGAAAAAGAAAAAGAAAUAGUUACGUAUCAACAGAGGUACUAGUACGGGUGCUGUUGAUGUUGAUGUCUUGCGAUACUACCGAGCUCCUGCCUCACAAUAAUGCGAAAGUCAUCAACAAAUCCAGGAUGAUCAUAGUUUUCGUUGACAGUGGGUUCUGUCGCAUGUCGUCGGCGUGUUACGCGCCUUGCAGUAGUUGCAUUGCU